AUCGAGGCAAGCAGUGUUGGAGGUGAGUCGUGAUAUUGACACUCGUCGGCAUGCGGCCCAAGCAGCCGAGGCAGAACCAGUUCGUCCACAGUCGGCUGAAGCCGUCCCAGCUGCUGCCGCUGCGUCGCUUGACACGACUCUGACAUUGCAACCGAGUUGGCUGUAUCGCCACACACAUACGAGGGAGAUAUAGAGGCGUAAUUGCGAACACGUUUAAAGCGAUCGAUCGUUUCCCGCCUGGUUCGUCGGCCGCGACUUCUCGAGAGAAAUGACGGCGGGAGGUGCCGUGGCUCCGCUCUGGGUGCCGCUCCUCCUCCUCCUCGCCGCCGCCGCGAUCCCCUCGGCUCGCUCCUCAGCCUGCGCUCCCGACCGGUUCGAGUGCUCGGACCUCGUGUGCGUCCCGCUCACGGCGUGGUGCGAUGGGGAGUACAAUUGCGCGGACUCGUCGGACGAGGCGUCGUGUCCCUGCACCUCCAACAGCUCGUUCAGCUGCUCGCCCGGCCACGUGAACGCGACGUGCUUACACCACAAGUUGGUGUGCAACGGCAUGCCGGAUUGCGCCGAUUCCUCCGACGAAGCGCGCUGCAACUGCACGGGGGACGUGUUCCGAUGCUCGUCGGCGGAGUGCUGGCCGGCGGAGAGGCGCUGCGACGGCGUCGCGGACUGCGCGGACGCCUCGGACGAGCUGGGCUGCCCGUGCCCGCGUGGCACCGUCGCCUGCACGAACGGCUCCUGCCUCCCCGCGUCGCUCGCGUGCAACGGCGUCGAUGACUGUGGCGACAGCAGCGACGAGGCCAAUUGCAGCUGUGGAGCGGACGAGUUCCGCUGCGGAGGCGGCCACGGCGGGCAGUGCGUCCCGUCGGGCGAGCGCUGCGACGGACACGCGGACUGCCUCGACGGCUCGGACGAGCGGGACUGCGCCGAGUGUGCGCCCGGAGCGUUCGCCUGCGCCAACGCGGCGUGCACCUCGUCGGCGUUCGCGUGCGACGGGGUCGACGACUGCGGAGACGGCAGCGACGAGAGGAACUGCAGCUGCGUGCUGGGGGAGUUCACCUGCGGGGGAGCAGGAGGCCUGUGCAUCCCAAAUCUCUACGUUUGCGACGGAGACACGGACUGCCCGGACGGCUCGGACGAGAUCUGCACGCAGUGUCCACGCGACUCGUUCACCUGCGGCAACGGGGCCUGCACCUCCCCCUCGUUCGUGUGCGACGGAGCCGACGACUGCGGGGACUAUAGCGACGAGCAGAACUGCAGCUGUGCGAUUGGGGAAUUCAGCUGCGGAGGAGGCCAGUGCAUCCCAUCUCUUUACCGCUGUGAUGGUGACUCGGACUGCCCAGAUGGCUCGGACGAGAUCUGCACGCAGUGUCCACGCGACUCGUUCACCUGCGGCAACGGGGCCUGCACCUCCCCCUCGUUCGUGUGCGACGGAGCUGACGACUGCGGGGACUACAGCGACGAGCAGAACUGCAGCUGUGUGCUGGGGGAGUUCAGCUGCAGAGGAGGAGGCCUGUGCAUCCCAAAUCUCUACGUUUGCGACGGAGACACGGACUGCCCUGACGGCUCGGACGAGAUCUGCACGCAGUGUCCACGCGACUCGUUCACCUGCGGCAACGGGGCCUGCACCUCCCCCUCGUUCGUGUGCGACGGCGUCGACGACUGUGGAGACUACAGCGACGAGCAGAACUGCAGCUGUGCGAUUGGAGAGUUCAGCUGCGGAGGAGGCCAGUGCAUCCCAUCUCUCUACCGCUGUGACGGAGACGCGGAUUGCCCAGAUGGCUCGGACGAGGGCCGCUGCACGGAUUGUCCACCCGACUCCUUCCAGUGUGGCAACGGGGCCUGCACCUCCCCCUCGUUCGUGUGCGAUGGAGCCGACGACUGUGGAGACUACAGCGACGAGCAGAACUGCAGCUGCGUGCUGGGAGAGUUCAGCUGCAGAGCAGGAGACCUGUGCAUCCCAUCUCUGUACGUCUGCGAUGGAGACACGGACUGCCCGGACGGCUCAGACGAGAUCCGCUGCACCGAUUGUCCAUCGAACUCCUUCCAGUGCGGCAACGGGGCCUGCACCUCCCCCUCGUUCGUGUGCGAUGGGGUUGACGACUGUGGAGACUACAGCGACGAGCAGAACUGCAGCUGUGCGAUUGGGGAGUUCAGCUGCAGAGGAGGCCAGUGCAUCCCAUCUCUCUACCGCUGUGACGGAGACGCGGAUUGCCCAGACGGCUCGGACGAGGGCCGCUGCACCGAUUGUCCACCCGACUCCUUCCAGUGCGGCAACGGGGCCUGCACCUCCCCCUCGUUCGUGUGCGAUGGAGCCGACGACUGUGGAGACUACAGCGACGAGCAGAACUGCAGCUGCGUGCUGGGGGAGUUCAGCUGCAGAGCAGGAGGCCAGUGCAUCCCAUCUCUGUACGUCUGCGAUGGAGACACGGACUGCCCAGACGGCUCAGACGAGACCCGCUGCACCGAUUGUCCAUCGGACUCCUUCCAGUGCGGCAACGGGGCCUGCACCUCCCCCUCGUUCGUGUGCGAUGGGGUUGACGACUGUGGAGACUACAGCGACGAGCAGAACUGCAGCUGUGCGAUUGGGGAGUUCAGCUGCAGAGGAGGCAAGUGCAUCCCAUCUCUCUACCGCUGUGACGGAGACGCGGAUUGCCCAGACGGCUCGGACGAGGGCCGCUGCACCGAUUGUCCACCCGACUCCUUCCAGUGUGGCAACGGGGCCUGCACCUCCCCCUCGUUCGUGUGCGAUGGAGCCGACGACUGCGGAGACUACAGUGACGAACAGAACUGCAGCUGUGCGAUUGGGGAGUUCAACUGUGGAGGAGGCCAGUGCAUCCCAUCUCUCUACCGCUGUGACGGAGACGCGGAUUGCCCAGAUGGCUCGGACGAGGGCCGCUGCACCGAUUGUCCACCUGACUCCUUCCAGUGCGGCAACGGGGCCUGCACCUCCCCCUCGUUCGUGUGCGAUGGGGCUGACGACUGUGGAGACUACAGCGACGAGCAGAACUGCAGCUGUGCGAAUGGGGAGUUCAGCUGCGGAGGAGGCCAGUGCAUCCCAUCUCUCUACCGCUGUGACGGAGAUGCGGAUUGCCCAGAUGGCUCGGACGAGGGCCGCUGCACCGAUUGUCCACCCGACUCCUUCCAGUGUGGCAACGGGGCUUGCACCUCCCCCUCAUUCGUGUGCGAUGGAGCCGACGACUGUGGAGACUACAGCGACGAGCAGAACUGCAGCUGUGCGAUUGGGGAGUUCAGCUGCGGAGGAGGCCAGUGCAUCCCAUUUCUCUACCGCUGUGACGGAGACGCGGACUGCCCAGAUGGCUCGGAUGAGGGCCGCUGCACCGAUUGUCCACCCGACUCCUUCCAGUGUGGCAACGGGGCCUGCACCUCCCCCUCGUUCGUGUGCGAUGGAGCCGACGACUGUGGAGACUACAGCGACGAGCAGAACUGCAGCUGUGCGAUUGGGGAGUUCAGCUGCGGAGGAGGCCAGUGCAUCCCAUCUCUCUACCGCUGUGACGGAGACGCGGAUUGCCCAGACGGCUCGGACGAGGGCCGCUGCACCGAUUGUCCACCCGACUCCUUCCAGUGUGGCAACGGGGCCUGCACCUCCCCCUCGUUCGUGUGCGAUGGAGCUGACGACUGCGGAGACUACAGCGACGAACAGAACUGCAGCUGUGUGAUUGGGGAGUUCAACUGUGGAGGAGGCCAGUGCAUCCCAUCUCUCUACCGCUGUGAUGGAGAUGCGGACUGCCCAGACGGCUCGGACGAGGGCCGCUGCACCGAUUGUCCACCCGACUCCUUCCAGUGUGGCAACGGGGCCUGCACCUCCCCCUCGUUCGUGUGCGAUGGAGCUGACGACUGUGGAGACUACAGCGACGAGCAGAACUGCAGCUGUGCGAUUGGGGAGUUCAGCUGCGGAGGAGGCCAGUGCAUCCCAUCUCUCUACCGCUGUGACGGAGACGCGGAUUGCCCAGACGGCUCGGACGAGGGCCGCUGCACCGAUUGUCCACCCGACUCCUUCCAGUGCGGUAACGGGGCCUGCACCUCCCCCUCGUUCGUGUGCGAUGGAGCCGACGACUGUGGAGACUACAGCGACGAGCAGAAUUGCAGCUGUGCGAUUGGGGAGUUCAGCUGCGGAGGAGGCCAGUGCAUCCCAUCUCUCUACCGCUGUGACGGAGACGCGGACUGCCCAGACGGCUCGGACGAGGGCCACUGUACCGAUUGUCCACCCGACUCCUUCCAGUGUGGUAACGGGGCCUGCACCUCCCCCUCGUUCGUGUGCGAUGGAGCCGACGACUGUGGAGACUACAGCGACGAGCAGAACUGCAGCUGCGCGAUUGGGGAGUUCACCUGCGGAGGAGGCCAGUGCAUCCCAUCUCUCUACCGCUGUGACGGAGACGCGGACUGCCCAGAUGGCUCGGACGAGGGCCGCUGCACCGAUUGUCCACCCGACUCCUUCCAGUGCGGCAACGGGGCCUGCACCUCCCCCUCGUUCGUGUGCGAUGGUGCUGACGACUGUGGAGACUACAGCGACGAGCAGAACUGCAGCUGUGGAACGGAUGAGUUCCAAUGCGGAGGAGGCGAGUGCAUCCCAUCCAUCUACCGCUGUGAUGGAGACGUGGACUGCCCGGACGGAUCGGACGAGACGAGGUGCACCGAUUGUCCACCCAACUCGUUCACCUGCGGCAACGGGGCCUGCACCUCCCUAUCGUUCGUGUGCGAUGGGGCCGACGACUGUGGAGACUACAGCGACGAGCAGAACUGCAGUUGCGGCAACGACGAGUUCCAUUGUGGCUCGGGAGAGUGUGUUCAGCUGAUAUACCGCUGUGAUGGAGACACGGACUGCCCAGACGGCUCGGACGAGGCCCGCUGCACCGAUUGUCCACCCGACUCCUUCCAGUGCGGCAACGGGGCCUGCACCUCCCCCUCGUUCGUGUGCGAUGGAGCUGACGACUGUGGAGACUACAGCGACGAGCAGAACUGCAGCUGUGGAGCGGAUGAGUUCCGCUGCGGAGGAGGUGAGUGCAUCCCGUCCGGCUACCGCUGUGACGGAGACGCAGACUGCCCAGACGGCUCGGACGAGGGCCGCUGCACCGAUUGUCCACCCGACUCCUUCCAGUGUGGCAACGGGGCCUGCACCUCCCCCUCGUUCGUGUGCGAUGGAGCCGACGACUGUGGAGACUACAGCGACGAGCAGAACUGCAGCUGUGGAGUGGAUGAGUUCCACUGCGGAGGAGGCCAGUGCAUCCCAUCUCUCUACCGCUGUGAUGGAGAUGCGGACUGCCCAGACGGCUCGGACGAGGGCCGCUGCACCGAUUGUCCACCCGACUCCUUCCAGUGUGGCAACGGGGCCUGCACCUCCCCCUCGUUCGUGUGCGAUGGGGCCGACGACUGUGGAGACUACAGCGACGAGCAGAACUGCAGUUGCGGCAACGACGAGUUCCAUUGUGGCUCGGGAGAGUGUGUUCAGCUGAUAUACCACUGUGAUGGAGACACGGACUGCCCAGACGGCUCGGACGAGGCCCGCUGCACCGAUUGUCCACCCGACUCCUUCCAGUGCGGCAACGGGGCCUGCACCUCCCCCUCAUUCGUGUGCGAUGGAGCUGACGACUGUGGAGACUACAGCGACGAGCAGAACUGCAGCUGUGGAGCGGAUGAGUUCCGCUGCGGAGGAGGUGAGUGCAUCCCGUCUGGCUACCGCUGUGACGGAGACGCGGACUGCCCAGACGGCUCGGACGAGGGCCGCUGCACCGAUUGUCCACUUGACUCCUUCCAGUGUGGCAACGGGGCCUGCACCUCCCCCUCGUUCGUGUGCGAUGGAGCUGACGACUGUGGAGACUACAGCGACGAGCAGAACUGCAGUUGCGGCAACGACGAGUUCCAUUGUGGCUCGGGAGAGUGUGUUCAGCUGAUAUACCGCUGUGAUGGAGACACGGACUGCCCAGAUGGCUCAGACGAGGCCCGCUGCACAGAUUGUCCACCCGACUCCUUCCAGUGUGGCAACGGGGCCUGCACCUCCCCAUCGUUCGUGUGCGAUGGAGCUGACGACUGUGGAGACUACAGCGACGAGCAGAACUGCAGCUGUGGAGCGGAUGAGUUCCACUGCGGAGGAGGUGAGUGCAUCCCGUCUGGCUACCGCUGUGACGGAGACGCGGACUGCCCAGACGGCUCGGACGAGGGCCGCUGCACCGAUUGUCCACCCGACUCCUUCCAGUGUGGCAACGGGGCCUGCACCUCCCCCUCGUUCGUGUGCGAUGGAGCCGACGACUGUGGAGACUACAGCGACGAGCAGAACUGCAGUUGCGGCAACGACGAGUUCCAUUGUGGCUCGGGAGAGUGUGUUCAGCUGAUAUACCGCUGUGAUGGAGACACGGACUGCCCAGACGGCUCAGACGAGGCCCGCUGCACAGAUUGUCCACCCGACUCCUUCCAGUGCGGCAACGGGGCCUGCACCUCCCCCUCGUUCGUGUGCGAUGGAGCUGACGACUGUGGAGACUACAGCGACGAGCAGAACUGCAGCUGUGGAGCGGAUGAGUUCCGCUGCGGAGGAGGUGAGUGCAUCCCGUCUGGCUACCGCUGUGACGGAGACGCGGACUGCCCAGACGGCUCGGACGAGGGCCGCUGCACCGAUUGUCCAGCCGACUCCUUCCAGUGUGGCAACGGGGCCUGCACCUCCCCCUCGUUCGUGUGCGAUGGAGCUGACGACUGUGGAGACUACAGCGAUGAACAGAACUGCAGCUGUGCGAUUGGGGAGUUCAGCUGUGGAGGAGGCCAGUGCAUCCCAUCUCUCUACCGCUGUGACGGAGAUGCGGACUGCCCAGAUGGUUCGGACGAGAGCCACUGCACCGAUUGUCCACCCGACUCCUUCCAGUGCGGUAACGGGGCCUGCACCUCCCCCUCGUUCGUGUGCGAUGGAGCUGACGACUGCGGAGACUACAGUGACGAGCAGAACUGCAGCUGUGCGGUUGGGGAGUUCAGCUGCGGAGGAGGCCAGUGCAUCCCAUCUCUCUACCGCUGUGACGGAGACGCGGACUGCCCAGACGGCUCGGACGAGGGCCGCUGCACCGAUUGUCCACCCGACUCCUUCCAGUGCGGCAACGGGGCCUGCACCUCCCCCUCGUUCGUGUGCGAUGGAGCUGACGACUGUGGAGACUACAGCGACGAGCAGAAUUGCAGCUGUGCGAUUGGAGAGUUCAGCUGCGGAGGAGGCCAGUGCAUCCCAUCUCUCUACCGCUGUGACGGAGACGCGGAUUGCCCAGACGGCUCGGACGAGGGCCGCUGCACCGAUUGUCCACCCGACUCCUUCCAGUGCGGCAACGGGGCCUGCACCUCCCCCUCGUUCGUGUGCGAUGGAGCUGACGACUGUGGAGACUACAGCGACGAGCAGAACUGCAGCUGUGCGAUUGGAGAGUUCAGCUGCGGAGGAGGCCAGUGCAUCCCAUCUCUCUACCGCUGUGAUGGAGACGUGGAUUGCCCAGACGGCUCGGACGAGGACCACUGCACCGAUUGUCCACCCGACUCCUUCCAGUGCGGCAACGGGGCCUGCACCUCCCCCUCGUUCGUGUGCGAUGGAGCUGACGACUGUGGAGACUACAGCGACGAGCAGAACUGCAGCUGUGCGAUUGGAGAGUUCAGCUGCGGAGGAGGCCAGUGCAUCCCAUCUCUCUACCGCUGUGACGGAGACGCGGACUGCCCAGACGGCUCGGACGAGGGCCGCUGCACUGAUUGUCCACCCGACUCCUUCCAGUGCGGCAACGGGGCCUGCACCUCCCCCUCGUUCGUGUGCGAUGGAGCUGAUGACUGUGGAGACUACAGCGACGAGCAGAACUGCAGCUGUGCGAUUGGGGAGUUCAGCUGCGGAGGAGGCCAGUGCAUCCCAUCUCUCUACCGCUGUGACGGAGACGCGGACUGCCCAGAUGGCUCGGACGAGGGCCGCUGCACCGAUUGUCCACCCGACUCCUUCCAGUGUGGCAACGGGGCCUGCACCUCCCCCUCGUUCGUGUGCGAUGGAGCUGACGACUGUGGAGACUACAGCGACGAGCAGAACUGCAGCUGUGUGAUUGGGGAGUUCAGCUGCGGAGGAGGCCAGUGCAUCCCAUCUCUCUACCGCUGUGACGGAGACGCGGAUUGCCCAGACGGCUCGGACGAGGGCCGCUGCACCGAUUGUCCACCCGACUCCUUCCAGUGCGGCAACGGGGCCUGCACCUCCCCCUCGUUCGUGUGCGAUGGAGCUGACGACUGUGGAGACUACAGUGACGAGCAGAAUUGCAGCUGUGCGAUUGGAGAGUUCAGCUGCGGAGGAGGCCAGUGCAUCCCAUCUCUCUACCGCUGUGACGGAGACGCGGACUGCCCAGACGGCUCGGACGAGGGCCCCUGCACCGAUUGUCCACCUGCCUCCUUCCAGUGCGGCAACGGGGCCUGCACCUCCCCCUCGUUCGUGUGCGAUGGAGCUGACGACUGUGGAGACUACAGCGACGAGCAGAACUGCAGCUGUGCGAUUGGAGAGUUCAGCUGCGGAGGAGGCCAGUGCAUCCCAUCUCUCUACCGCUGUGACGGAGACGCGGACUGCCCAGACGGCUCGGAUGAGGGCCGCUGCACCGAUUGUCCACCCGACUCCUUCCAGUGCGGCAACGGGGCCUGCACCUCCCCCUCGUUCGUGUGCGAUGGAGCUGACGACUGUGGAGACUACAGCGACGAGCAGAACUGCAGCUGUGCGAUUGGGGAGUUCAGCUGCGGAGGAGGCCAGUGCAUCCCAUCUCUCUACCGCUGUGACGGAGACGCGGACUGCCCAGACGGCUCUGACGAGGGCCGCUGCACCGAUUGUCCACCCGACUCCUUCCAGUGCGGCAACGGGGCCUGCACCUCCCUCUCGUUCGUGUGCGAUGGAGCUGACGACUGUGGAGACUACAGCGACGAACAGAACUGCAGCUGUGCGAUUGGAGAGUUCAGCUGCGGAGGAGGCCAGUGCAUCCCAUCUCUCUACCGCUGUGACGGAGACGCGGAUUGCCCAGACGGCUCGGACGAGGGCCGCUGCACCGAUUGUCCACCCGACUCCUUCCAGUGCGGCAACGGGGCCUGCACCUCCCCCUCGUUCGUGUGUGAUGGAGCUGAUGACUGUGGAGACUACAGCGACGAGCAGAACUGUAGCUGUGCGAUUGGAGAGUUCAGCUGCGGAGGAGGCCAGUGCAUCCCAUCUCUCUACCGCUGUGAUGGAGACGUGGAUUGCCCAGACGGCUCGGACGAGGACCACUGCACCGAUUGUCCACCCGACUCCUUCCAGUGCGGCAACGGGGCCUGCACCUCCCCCUCGUUCGUGUGCGAUGGAGCUGACGACUGUGGAGACUACAGCGACGAGCAGAACUGCAGCUGUGCGAUUGGGGAGUUCAGCUGCGGAGGAGGCCAGUGCAUCCCAUCUCUCUACCGCUGUGACGGAGACGCGGAUUGCCCAGAUGGCUCGGACGAGGGCCGCUGCACCGAUUGUCCACCCGACUCCUUCCAGUGCGGUAACGGGGCCUGCACCUCCCCCUCGUUCGUGUGCGAUGGAGCUGACGACUGUGGAGACUACAGCGACGAGCAGAACUGCAGCUGUGCGAUUGGAGAGUUCAGCUGCGGAGGAGGCCAGUGCAUCCCAUCUCUCUACCGCUGUGACGGAGACGCGGACUGCCCAGACGGCUCGGAUGAGGCCCGCUGCUGUCCAGCCGACUCCUUCCAGUGUGACAACGGGGCGUGUGCUCCACUGUCAGCUGUCUGCAAUGGGUCUAACGACUGUGGAGACAGCAGUGACGAGGAGUUUUGCACUACGCAGAUGACAACUCGUCCCCCGACGCGAACAUCAGGCCCCAGCACUGCGGGCAUCACGGUCCCGUCCAGCGUGUCAACCUCCUCCAGCGCGAGACCUCCGGACGCCGUCGUCAGCAACGGCACCGCGCGUCCCGACACCGCGGCAACGUCCGUGACGGGGACACAACCCAGCAACAGCACGCUCGGCGGCAUGAACUCGACGUUG